CACAAAACAAAGAUGGCGGGAGCAGCUAGAGACAGGUAAUGCGAGAGUUUCUCUUUCUUUGCAACACCAAAGGUGAAACUGAAUCAUUCAAUGUUUGAAGAAACGCAAGAAAUUAAUUCGACUUAAGUGAAGCGCUGUCUUAUGGCUCAACUUUGGUUAAUACUGAACCGAUUACACACUACUUUCACUUUAAGUUCGACUCCACUCUAAUUCAUUUGAAUUUUGCGAAGAUCAGUGUGUAUCCAAUGGAUUUCAAAAAAGCAAUUGCUAGUAACAGCGAGGGGAAAAGAGAGGCAACAGAAGCUACAGAUUGCACAAAGCCCGCCGAGAGCAGCGCUCGUGCUGAGAGCAUCGAUGAGCGUGCAGGAACUAGCGAUCCACGUGCAACGAUACCGCAAUCAAAAGAGAAAGCAAAUUUCUUGCCUGAUGCGACACAUGUGGACAGAGACGAUCAUGCGGGGAAGGAAGAAGAUGCUACAGAUGGCAAAUCUCAAAAUCAAAAGAAAAAACGGAGGAGAAGGAAAAAGAAAAAACAAGAUUCUGAAACUGCAAGCGCUGCGUCAGCGGGUACAACCUAUGAUGCAAUCGUAGCCGAUUGUGAUGUUACUAAAAGGAUUUCUCCUGACUCAGCCAAACAGCAGAGCAAUUUUGCUGAUCAAGAACACAAUCGUGCUGAUUCAGAAUUAACUGCUAGUCAAAAUCAACCAAACGCGGACGGCAAGAAGAAGCGAAAAUCGCGAAAAAGACGAGGAAAAAGUGCACAGCUCAGCGAAGAACCACCAUCAUUACAGGGAACAGAACUACCAGUUGAAGUAACAAAGGAAAGCAUGGCGAAAGGAGACGGUGCGAACGCAAACUUCGCUGAGAGUGGAGAGAGAGAAGAUCGCCGAGAUUUGCAGACCACUGAGAACGCGAGUAGUGGUAAGAGAAAAAGGAAAAGACGAAGAAAACCCAAUCGAGGUCAAGAUGGCGAGGAAGCUAGCGAGGGAAGUAGCCAUCAGGACCUUGUGGGAAAUGAUUUAGAUCGUGGUCAACUAGCAAACAACAGUCCACGCAGCGGUGAAGUGUCCGCCAGAGAUUCAGAGACGAGAAAUGCGGAUCAAUUCAACCCAAGUACUCAGGGGAAAUCUACGAGUAGAAAUUCAAAUCGAAGAACGCCCAACAGUGGGAAAAAGAAACAGAAACCUCUCUACGAAAAGUACUGGUCUGUAGAGAGAGUCUCAGAUGGAUUAAAAAAAGGACAGCUUGUGAAAGGAAUAUUGAGGAUUAGUCCCCGAAACUAUGAGCUGGCCUGGGUAACAGUACCUGGUAUAAAACGCGAUGUACUCUUGGAAGGGAUGUUGAAUCGUAACCGUGCUCUCAAUGGCGACAUCGUUGCGCUGGACAUCUUUCCGAGGGAGAAAUGGAAAAUAAUGCUGGAAGAACUGGAAUACAACGGUUUGGUCGCGAAUAAAACGGAGCAUAAUCACGUUGACAAAUUAGCUGAGAGUUUGGACACUGUUGCUAUGAGCUCUGGGAAUGUUAUGCAAUCCCCUUCAGCAAGGAGGGUCCGUAUGGAGAAUAUGGCUGGCCAUACCCCUGAGUCACAUUACAUCGAUAUCAAUCAAAUUCCUGACGAAUUUUUGCAAAGAAGAGCCAAAGUGAUCUACAUCAUUGAGAAGAAACAGUCGCGAGUUGCAAGCGGACACCUAACACCUUUCUCCCACCCCAAGGAAAACCCCGACGGGUGUUUCUCCCCAACUGACAGUCGGUUGCCAAGGUUUCGCAUCCCGCGGAACAACUGCCCACCGGGAUUUUUUGACAGGCCGCGUGACUUCGAGAACACUUUACACGUGGGACGUAUUGUGAGUUGGCCUGAGAACUCUUCAAGGGAUUCGUUUCUCGCUAUUGGUUCAGUAUCGCGGAGCCUGGGCGAAGCAGGUGAAAUUGAACCGGAAACAGAGGGGAUCCUUUUGGAGUACGGCAUAGAUUCUGGGCCAUUUUCGGACGAGGUUCUGGCGUGUUUACCCCAACAAACACCUUGGAAAGUACCCGAGAAGGAACUCGAAUAUCGAAGAGAUUUCCGUGAUGAUUGCGUCUUUACCAUUGAUCCUCUCACAGCCAGGGAUCUAGAUGACGCCGUUCACUGCAAGAAAAUUGCAGAUAACCUCUUUGAAGUUGGCGUCCAUAUUGCUGAUGUCAGCUACUUCGUUCGUUCGGAAACAGCGCUAGAUGAAGUGGCUGUCGAGAGAGCAACAUCUACGUACAUGGUACAGAAAGUGGUACCUAUGCUUCCGCGGCGAUUGUGCGAAGAGCUGUGCAGUUUGAAUCCUGGGGAAGACCGCCUGACUUUCUCCGUUGUUUGGAAAAUGACAAGCUAAGGAGAAAUUAUCGACCAUUGGAAGGGGAGGGGAAUCAUUCGCUCGCGAAUAAAAAUGGCUUACGAGCAUGCGCAAGAUAUGAUUGACAAGCCGAACAGGAAAUGGAAUGAAAACGAGCUUCCCCCGAUAUCAGACGGCGCAAUUGCUGAGGAAAUUUCUGCGCAAGUCAAUCAGCUUCAUAAAUUUGCAAUUCGUCUCAGGCGCAACCGCUUGGAGAAGGGCGCGCUUCGUUUGGAUCAGGCAAAAAUCCGGUUUGAGCUGGACAAAGAAACUGGUCUGCCUAACGGGUACCACGUGCACCAACAGCGCGAGGCGAACAAGCUAAUCGAGGAGUUUAUGCUCCUGGCCAACAUGGCGGUCGCGCACCACAUUUACAGCGCAUAUCCCGAGACAGCGCUUCUAAGGCGACACCCAAGACCGCACCAGAAACAGCUCGACGAUCUUCUUGAGCUGUGUAAAUCGCUUGGUAUUAACUUCAACACUACUUCAUCUAAGACAAUUCACGAGUCGCUCGCCAAAUUUCCGCUCUCCUCCCCUGAGCGUGAAGUUCUGGUCAAUUUGGCCAUGCGUCCCAUGAAGAACGCGGAGUAUUUUUGCACGGGGUGCGUAGAUGACGGCGAAUAUGGACACUAUGCCCUAAGCGUGCCUCUGUACACUCAUUUUACGUCCCCAAUAAGAAGAUACGCAGAUGUUGUGGUGCACAGGCUUCUGGCUGCGAGCCUUGGAAUCGAUGAACCGCUGAACCAGGAUCCCUCUAUCGUAGACAUGAUCGCGCACCAUUGUAAUGAUCGCAAAAUGGCAGCGAAAAGAGCCGGCGAAUUGAGCACUGAAAUGUUCUUUGGUAUUUUUGUUCGUGAAAGCGGCCCUCUGGAGGAAAAUGGGAUUGUACUUAACGUAAUGGACCAAUCAGUGGAUGUUCUUGUGCCAGAACUGGGUAUGGUCAAAAGGGUGUACAUGAAAUUCUGUCCCGGGGUGAAACGCUACGCUUUCACCAAGGGUGAGAGAGGAAAACCAGCCGAGUUGCGUUUGCUUUGGAGCGUCGAGUUGAAAUCAGGUGAUGUGAUUCACGAAGAGGAGCAAGUGUUGAAGACUUUCAACCAGGUACGGGUCAUUUUGACAACUGAGAGUGAAACGGAAAGUAAGACUACAAAUCCCUUUAAGGUUAUGGCCAAACUUGCUCCAUCUCUCAAGUGCGGUCACGAAUUUUACACUCCAUCAACCCCAGCCACUGAAAAACCUGUAAAAAAGAGUGGUGCCAGGGAACAUUUGGGAGAAACCGGAAUUCCGAACUCUUCCGACGACGUACGAAAAAAACUGUUUGAUUCCGAAGACUCCGAUGCCAAUGUCGGGUCUAAGAAGGCUCAAGAGGUCAACCGUUUACUCGUGAAUCAAAGAUCUGAUGAAGAAGAGACUGCGUCACAUGGCUCCGAUGACGUCAUUAUAGAAGAAGAAGACGAAGAGGCGAAUGAGGGCACGUCACAUGACUCCAACGACGUCGUUGUAGAAGACGAAGAGGCAAAUGAGGGUACGAACCUAGCCGACGAUGAUUCCGAUGAUGUCAUCGUGGAGUCGGAAUCCGAUAACGAAGUGCAUUGAAAACUGUGGUGCGAAGUAUUUUUACUACCAUCCCCAUUAUUUGAACUGCUUUUAAAUUCUAAAAUUUGUAUGUAAAGAGAUUUUUUCUUAAUGGUUUUACCAUUGGUCGAGUUUUUUUAACUACGGAGUACAACUUUCACGUAUACCUUUAGAAGCAGCUUAACUGUAGGACACUUAAUGCAAAAUGUUCUUGUUUGAAACCUCGCUCGCUCCUUAUGAGGAACUGUUAAAUUAGCCCAUAGAAUACAUUAAUUAGCUUCGGAAAGGUGAAGUAGAUCUGAUUUAGAAAGUAGAAAAAUCUCACGGUUUUAUAGAACACUGACAAAUUUUCCAACAUUAGCUUCCCAAGAAGGGAAAAAACGUGAAGAGGAAUUAUGAGUCGAGUGUCAAUAGUAACCCGGGUUUUCUUUGGUUUUGCUUUACUUCGAUGUGUGAUUGGUCUAGAAAAGUAGCGCCAAUUUCUCAACCAAUCAGAUGGAAAGCUACAGCUAAUCGCGCAUUCGUCAACCGCGUUUUUCCGCGCUUCGGAAAGUUUGGUUGAUUUUAGUUUGAGUUCUUUCCUUUAUUCCGAUUGGCUUUCGCGGAGUAUUAUGUAAAAUAAAGGACGCUAUCGGUACAACUA